AUGCCGUCUGCUACCCAGCUUUACCAAUACAACCAUGUCCCCGAGACAAAAGAAAAUCUGGACUGGGCAGAUUUACCUACAAUCGACCUCUCCCUCUACGGCUCUAGAAGUGGCAACGCAACACUCGCCGAAACCCUCAUCGAAGCAAUCCGCACGAAAGGGUUCUUCUACGUAACCAACUACGGCAUCUCCCAAGAAGAAGUAGACACACAAUUCGCUCUCGGUCAACAGUUCUAUGAGCUUCCACUCGAGGAGAAGCUCAAGUACCAACCGGACUUGGACUCUGGCGACUACAAUGGCUACAGACCUGCUGGCAGACGGGUUUUGAGUGGGGGUAUCAAGGACAAAACCGAAGUUUGGAACAUGGCUACGAACGAUGGACAGAUCACCCAACCUCUUCCCGAGCUUCUGCAAAAGAACAAGACCUUGAUCGAAAACUUCUCUAAAGACUUACAUGAUAAGGUCCUCGAUCCUCUACUCCACCUAAUCGCCAUUGCUCUUGAACUCCCAGAGGACUUCAUCACCAAGCUCCACCAAUGGAACGUCCACGACGAGUCUCAUCUGAGAUAUAUGAAGUACUCCAAGUUUAGUCCCGAAGAGUUGGAGAAACUAAGUGAUGGACUCUGGUCACUUGGACAUACUGACCUUGGCACCAUCACUCUUCUAUUCCGCCAACCGGUGGCUGCUUUACAGAUCAAAGAUCAUAAGAGUGGUGAAUGGAAGUGGGCUAAACCUUUGGAUGGAAGCCUGACUGUUAACACAUGUGAUGCCUUGAGUUUCUUGACAGGAGGUUAUAUCAAGUCCACCGUGCACCGAGUUGCCGCACCUCCGAAGGACCAACAACAUGUCGAUAGACUCGGUCUCUUGUACUUUGCCCGCCCACAGAACGACUUGGUCCUAAACACGGUUGAUUCGCCUGUGCUUAAGCGCGGGGGAGCCGUGCAGAAUGAAUUCGAGGCCGGCGGUCAUAAGGUGCCGACUAUGGGAGAGUUCACGACGCUGAAGCAGACUUGGCAGCAGCGGAAGGGCAAGACAUACAAGGGUGAAGACGGAGUCGAGAUUCUGCCUGGUUUCAAAGGCAAAUACCACGAAUAG